AAGAAUACUAUUGAUAUUCACAGGUAUAAAGACUAGCAUCAAGAAAAGAGAAGGGAAGAGGCUAGCAAGUUGAUGAUGACGGUAUAGUGCGAGCUGACAAAAAGCGGUCCCGGAUUCCUGGCCAACUGGUGCAUACACCUUCCCAUGUCUCAAGCUACACUGCAACAUCACACAAUAUUGGCUCCAAAGAUAUCUUGGGGCUAACAUGAACUCAUCUGAGGGCUGUGUUGUAGUGCAGCAUUCAUAUGAAACCAGCUGGUGCUAAGCUGCUGAUGUUUCGAACGGUCCCCUUGAAACGAAACGAAGCAUUGUACACAUAACUUUCACUCGGUGUCAGAUAUCUGAGAUCUGAGAUGCGCAAGCCAUAUAUGCGCAUCCCGUACACUGAUGUGUUAGCGGCCCCCACGAUCAUCCCAGAGAGUGCAAAAACCCUUUCGGGAGCCGUUGCCGCCUUGCACGAGUUUCUCAUAGCCUCCUCGCCCUUGUCGCGGUCAUCGUCGGAAGCGCGUCCGUCCACGGCUGUUCUGACGGGAGCCGGGAUAUCGGUAGCCAGCGGCCUCGCCGAUUAUAGAGGAACAAAGGGCACCUAUCGCGUCAACAAAACGUACCGUCCUAUUUACUACCAUGAAUUUCUCAGCAACCACGAGGCAAGGAAGCGUUACUGGGCCAGGAGUUUUCUCGGCUGGACUACAUUACACAAGGCUAAACCAAAUGCGAGUCACUUCGCCAUAAAAGACCUGAACGAACUGGGUCUUGUUCGCAGUGUUAUAACACAAAAUGUUGAUUCUUUCCAUUCUCAAGCGCACCCCAAUCUACAGACUACCGAACUACAUGGCUAUUUAAGAUCAUGUGUUUGUACAUCAUGCCAUGAAGAGCUUCCCCGAGACGAUUUCCAGAACGAGCUGGCCCGGCUGAAUCCAGCAUGGGAUGCUUUUCUCCAAGAGAUCUUGGCUUCAGGUGCUCUAGAUACAGAAAACCCGGAUGAACGGCGAGCCAAAGGUAUGAAGACGAACCCUGACGGCGAUGUCGAUCUCCCCGGGGCUCCUUACACCACCUUCCGUUACCCUGCCUGCCCAAACUGCCUAACAAACCCUCCACUCACUAGAGAUGGAGCUCGUGGUUCUGUCGAGGUUGACUCGGACGGUGCGUGGAACCCGGCCAGCACGGCGGGAAUCCUGAAGCCCGCAGUUGUUAUGUUCGGGGAGAAUAUAAAGCCUUCCGUCAGGGCUGCAGCAGAGAAAGUCAUUGAUGACGCCGAUAAGCUACUGAUUUUAGGCACCUCCUUGGCUACGUACUCGGCAUGGCGGCUGGCUAAACAAGCUAAGGAUCAGAAGAAGCCGAUUGCAAUUGUCAACCUCGGAGGUGUUCGAGGCGAGGACGCAUUGUUCGUUGAACUUGAUCCAGAUCAAUGGGGCAGCCAAGCCGUGAGAGUAGAGAUAUCUACCGACGAGUUACUGCCCGCUCUGGUAAACCGACUCAAGGCCCAAACCACUCAUGAAGCGCCUCAGUGUGUUGCGGAGACACAUGGGGCUUCUGUCUUCAAAGACAUGCUGUCCUGAUGGGUGGUACAUGAGGCUCUGAUCAUGCAUAUAUACAC